AUGGCGGUGUGCGCGCGGCUGUGCGGUGUGGGGCCGGCCCGCGGCUGCCGCCGGCGCAGCGCGGCCAGGGAGCAGCGCCGCGGCGCCGCCGACAGCGAGCCCGACACCGAUACGGACCCCGAAGAAGCGGGAGGUGGUGGCAUCACGGAGGACGAGGAGGCCGCGGAACGCAUUGAGGGCGGGCGGCCCCUGCCGCCUUCUAUCGAAGCCGGCCCGGCCGGGCGGGCCCCGCUGUCCUUGUUGGAGCUGCCCCCGGAGCUCCUGGUGCAGAUCUUCGGAUCCUUGCCCGGUACCGACCUGCCCAGCCUGGCUCGGGUCUGCACCACCUUCCGCCGCAUCCUCAGCACCGACACGAUCUGGCGGCGGCGCUGCCGCGAAGAAUAUGGAGUGUGUGAAAACCUGAGGAAGUUGGAGAUCACAGGAGUGUCGUGUCGAGAUGUUUACGCCAAACGUAUAAACCCACGGGUGAAGUCGGGGCGUUUUAUGAAAAUCCUGCCCGACUACGAGCACAUGGAGUACAGAGAUGUUUACACCUGCCUGCUGCACCGCUACCGGCACAUCCUGGGAUUGUGGCAGCCGGACAUCGGGCCCUACGGGGGACUGCUCAACGUGGUGGUUGAUGGGUUGUUCAUCAUUGGCUGGAUGUACCUGCCCCCCCAUGACCCUCAUGUGGAUGAUCCCAUGAGAUUCAAGCCCCUCUUCAGGAUCCACCUGAUGGAGAGGAAAUGUGCCACAGUGGAGUGCAUGUAUGGCCACAAGGGACCUCAUAAUGGCCACAUCCAGAUUGUAAAGAAGGACGAGUUCUCCACGAAGUGCAACCAGACAGAUCACCACCGCAUGUCAGGGGGCAGGCAGGAGGAAUUCCGGACGUGGCUGAGGGAGGAGUGGGGUCGGACUCUGGAGGACAUUUUCCAUGAACACAUGCAGGAGCUCAUCCUGAUGAAGUUCAUCUACACCAGCCAAUAUGACAACUGCCUGACGUACCGGCGCAUCUACCUCCCCCCCAGCAGCCCCGAGGACCUCAUCCAGCCUGGCCUCUUCAAGGGCACCUAUGGGAGCCAUGGCCUGGAGAUUGUCAUGCUCAGCUUCCAUGGCAAGAAAGCCAAGGGCACUAAGAUCACUGGAGACCCCAACAUCCCAGCUGGACAGCAGACUGUGGAGAUAGACCUGGCACAUCCUCUGCAGCUGCCUGACAUCGAGAACCUGCGAGACUUCAGCGAGCUGUCCCGCAUUGUGCUGGAGGUGCAGGAGCAGGUGCGGCGCGAGGAGCAGGAGCAGCAGCAGGAGGAAGAGGAGCAUUCCCAGCAAGCUGCCUCCCAGCCUGCCAGCCCCCUGGGAGGAGAAGGUGCUGAGGGGGAAGAGACUGCAGCUGGGGCAGAGGGGACGACCCAGGACAAGGCUCCAGCUUCCCAGCCCUUCGUGCUGCCCAUGGGGGUGAUAUCGCGGAAUGAGGAUUAUCCCCGCACCUGCCGAAUCUGUUUUUAUGGGACAGGGCUCAUUGCUGGCCAUGGCUUCACCAGCCCUGAGAGGACACCGGGAGUGUUCGUCCUGUUCGACGACGACCGCUUCGGUUUCAUCUGGCUGGAGCUGAAAUCCUUCAGCCUCUACAGCCGCAUCAAGGUCCCCUUCCAGAACGCCCAAGCGCCUUCCCGGGAGGCCUUUGAUGAGAUGCUCAAGAACAUUCAGUCCCUGGCUACUUGAUGAGUGGUUGGUGAUGGACAGGGCUCGGGGUGGCAAAGGCUGCUGCGCUCCCCAGCCGGGGCUGCGUGGGGAGUCCUCGCUCUCGGUACCUCUGGAUAGAAGCAUGCACUUUGAAUAAAGCCUUUCCACCCCAAAUGUACACACCUCCCACCUCAGCCAUCCCUGAGUGCUGCCCUUCCCUCUGUGCCACUCCACGCUGCUCCCCAGCAGUCCUUGUUUCCCAGUCUGUGCUUUGGAGAGCUGAAGGGAUCCUGAGGAGGGAGCAGAUCUUCCUUAGUGCAAGAAAAGAAUGUAUUGGGACAGAACCAACUUCUGGUCAGAGCUGGACUGAAGAACAGGCAGUGACAAAGCACAUCCUCCUCUCCAGAAACCUUUCUGUGGGUGCAGCUGGUGUGAUCCCAUCCUUGGCUUGCUAAUUGGAGUGUGUGGCUUUCUCUGGAGAAUUCCUUCAGCAAGGACAGGAUCCCCACACACACGAGUGUGUGCAGCAUUGUCCUGGCUUCUGGAGCUUGAUGGAUGUGCUGUCCCUGCAGCUCCAGUCUGGCUGUCUCCCUGAGAGCAGAGAUUAUUUAUUUCUCCUUGCAGGAGCUGUGUGUGGGACUGGAGAUGGGUGUAAACUCCCCAAAACUCUGAUGUGUUCGGACUGGUUUGUACCUGAAAGGUUUCUCAGAUCUUGUCAAGUGGGUCUGAAAAGGCACAGAAAGGAGCCAAAAGAAUCCCAGCUGUGAGGUGAGCCCAACAGGCUCCAGAUGGGCAGCACAAGGUGCCACAUGUCACUGGUGUGACCCCAGGGGUGCCAUUCCUUUUCAGGUUACUCUUCAGAGUCCAGAAGUGACUCUGUGACUGUGCCUGUAUUGUGUGGCUUGUUCUGGCUCCUGGAGCAGUGGUUGCUGCUGCCCCCCUCACAGGACCCUCCUUUCCCUUUCCAGUUGCCCUUGCUCCAUCCCAGAUGGAUUUGUGGCAGAUCUGAGCUCCACUGGGAAUUGUGUGCUGCAGGCAAGGGAGCAGAUUCCCUUCAGCCAGUGCUCAUCUCCAGGCUGUGAGCUGUGCUAGAACCCAGCAGCACUAACACAGCCCUGUGCCUGUGAUGGCAAAUCCAGGUCCCUUCUCCCCAGAUGAGUGUCUAACAAAACCCUGCCAUUACAGCUCUGCAGUUUUAGGUCUGUAAAUGUGUCUGUGCCUGUGCUGGGAGGUUUCAGGCCCCUUCUGUGGAGAAGUUUCAGUCCCUGCCUGGUUCCAGUGCCUGUGAGCUGCUUUUAUUCUCACUCUCACUCUCACAAGGGCUUUUUGCCAUUUCUGGCUCUCAUGUGUUCCCUGAUCUGUGGGAGAACCCAGGCUCCAGCAGAGACAACUGUCACUCACAGGAUUUAAUUCCUGUCUCUCUGGGUGAAGUUCUCCAGACUUUGGGAAUUUCCAGUGAUUUAGGGCACUUUUUGCUUUGUUUGCUGCAGCUCUGUGAGGAGUGGCAAGCCUGCCCCAGUGCAGGGGGUGAGGAGCUGUUAGAGGUGAAUAAGCUGGGAAGAGCAGGGUGGGUGUGAGCAGCCUGGAGAGGUUUUCCUGCAGAGGGAAAAGCCAGUUUGGAUCACACAGGGCUGGGAGACAGGGAGUGGCUGCUCUCUGUGCCUUGGUGAGUGGGCACAGAGGUGACCUGGAGCUGAAAUUGGGCAUCUCAGCCUCGUGCUGCAGCUGCUGAGCUCUGUGCAGAGCUUGUGCCUGAUUUAAUCUCCAUUGUGCAGAGGUUUCAGUUUGGUGCAGCUUUCUGGGACAGCUAAAGAUGUUCAGUGCUGGGUUAAUGGGCUCUGUCUCAGACAUCUUUUCCAACCUAAAUGAUUCUGUGAUUAGACUUUCAGUAUCUCAGUGGCCUGUUUGUCUUGGAAUUUGGUGUUAGGCUGCUGCAGUUCUGCCUUGUGUUUUUCCAGAGGGGUGGGAGAUGUCCCCUUGGGCAGCUGUUCCCUCUGCCUGUCCCUAAAACCAGAUUUUCUGAGAUGAAUCUAUGGCUCUGAUUGCAGAUUCCUCCCCACUUCAAUAUCCCCACAAAAAAAAUCCUAAAGUUUUACUCAACUGAUUUGAUAAUUUUUGCUUUUAGCCUUUAAAUUGCAAUUAGUUUUUUAAAAUGGAGAUUAAAAUCCAGAUUACACUGAUUGCCCUGCAAUUCCCUGAGGCCUGAGUCUCUCUCCCAAGCACUGACCUGUCUGUAGCCUCUGUCCUUUGUCACCUGUUUGCUGCUGGCACAGGUUGUGCAUCUGCUCUUGUCUCUUCUUGUCCCUUCUGAACCUUUCCAGUGGCAGUGCCAAGGGUCUCCUGGAGGCCAGACCUGCUUGGCUGGCUGGAGAGAAGAGUUUUGGUGGAGGCUGAUGCCCUGUGGGAAUUUUCCCAGCUCUGCCUUACCCCUGUUAGUGGCAUCUUUUUAUUUAUAACUCACCUGGCUGGCCUCAAAAUGUCAGGAUAAUUCCUGAUUAAAGGCAGAACUGGCUUUGUUCUGUCUGGAGCAAAAGAAAUAGCAAAUUUGUAUUAAUAAUCCUCCUCUAAUGCCUUUUCUCACCUGCUGCUGCUCCAAGCCUGGCAGGCUUUUGUGCAUUUCAGAAGAAAAUUCCCUCUGGCUGUGAAGGUGAAUUUGGGAAAGCUCCUGUGCAUUGUGCCUGGCUCUGUCAGUGCUUCCAGAGCAAAGCAGGGUAAUCCUGGAGUUAAAACUCCCAGCUCUGGAAUGUUUGGGAAAGGGGAGAUGGGUUUAGGAGUUUGGAUGUGAUCCCCAAGGGGAUGCUCCUGCUUCUCCUCAUGGGGAGCUGUGACAGGACAGGAUUUGCUGGGCUGGAUGUUUGGUACAGGCUCUACCACCCCCUGCAUCCCCAAAUCCCCAAAUCCCACUUUCCCAGCCUGUUGGGAUGUCUGUGAGCUGCUGGCAGGGACAAUGUGUGCUGGGGCCCUGCAGGUGGUGAUAAAUCCUGCUGCAGACAUCUCCUCAUCCUUUGGGCUCUGCAGGGAAUCUCAGUGACAAUUGGCUGGGGUUCUCCAUCCCAGAUGGAUGGAAAACAACUUGUCAGGGGUAGGAAUUCACACAAAGCCUUUGCAGGGAGGUUGCAGAGCCCCAAUGGCCACUGCAGGACCUGGGGCUGAAUUGUGGCUUGGGGACAAGAAUUGUCUGGUUCAUGUGCUGGGGAUGGGUUCUGCUCCUCCAUCCUGCUCCCUGUGUUGUCAGAACACGUGGAUUUGGCCAGCUGGAAAACAGGAACAUCAAAGCUUCAGUUUGUUUGCCUUGGGCCUGAUCGGAGAGCUGGGAAUGUGCUGUGCUCAGGCAGGGUGGUGGGGGGGGAUUUGUCAGGCUGGAUUUUACUGAGGAGCAGGAGAAAGGAUGGAAUUGUUUGGGAAUUUGGGUGUCAGCUCUAUUGUGCUGCUACAGCUGCUCUGGGAUGGGACAGCAGCAGUGGGAGGGCAGUUCCUGGGGAAAUGUGUGCUGGGAGAAAGGGAAUUCUGUGCCAACGUGCCUGGACGUGUCAGCUCCCAGGAAAAACCCAAACCACAGCUGGCUCAGUGUUUACUUUCCAACAAGGAUGACUUUUUCUUGCUUUUUUAUGAAUUUAAACCUAGUGGAACUCGGUGGGAGUGUUGGGUGUUGUGUGGAAUGGGUUGUUUAGGCUCGACUUGCUAGUUUAGGGAAUGAUGAUGUGUAAAGUGUCUCUUGUAGCUGGAUCCUCAGUUUGCUGCCCUUCCCAGGGGACAGUGACUCAUUUGGGAUGUGGGGUGGAAGAGAGAGGCACCAAACUGUGAGUGCCACUGAGCUCUGGGUGCUUUGUGUGCUGAAUUACAACGUGUGGUUCUGGUUUUUUUUUUGUUUGGAUUGCAAUCUUUGGGACUUCUGAGGCAGAGAGCACUUGGCUGUGUUCAUUAGCUUAAUGAAAGCAAUCUGCACUUUUGUUUUGUCAUUGAUUACUCCCCCUUCCCUGUUCCCAUGUGUGUUUUUGCACUCACCACUUUAACAUGACACUGAUGGAUUAAUCUGGGCAUUUCCUGUAGGUUUUGAGUGUGGAUGAGUCUCUGUAAAAGUGUUAAAAAUGAAGGUGAAAAUAAAUGGGCAGUGGGAGGAAACCAUUGGACAUCCACCACCACAAAUACCUUGUGGAACAUGAGUUGUACUUUAAACACCUCACUGUCCAAGGGCUGGGGGUUUGCCUGUCCCUUUCUUGGUGGCUUUGAGAGGAAUGGGAUGUGUAAAAUCAACACCUGGCCUACUUCACCCCAGGUUUUGGAAAGCUGAGCAAACUCUGUGUGUUACUUUUACACCUGAUCAUUGUUACCCAAGGAGCCUUUUCCAAUUUCAAAUAAUAAAAAGCAAAGUUUUGUGAAUUUA